AACAAUACUUAUUAUCCACUGUCAACCUACAUGCGUCCGCAUCAUCGGAAGGGAAGAGGAAUAUGGUCCAGUUCAAUUUUGUAAUUUCGUCCCGACAAACACCUUAAAAACCCGAAUUUUUUUAAGGCUUUUAUUUAAACUAUUAUUAAAAAAAAAAACUAAAAAACUAAGUACUGUUUAGUGAGUUAACAACUCAUGAUUUAAUCCAAUGGUUGAUUAUUAGGGAAUUUAAAUCUCGUGGUAGAAAAAGCUUCGGUAUGGAUACAGAAAAGUCAUUAUUCACUAUUGUAGUUUGCCCGUUCUUUAAACCCCUGAAAAACCCUAAUUCUUCUUUGUCUGCACAUAUCGCAGACGCAAAAUCCCAAAAGUUCCUCGAGUGCAAGUCCUGAAAAAAUUUACAAUUGUAUAUAUACAUAGUUAAAGUUCUCAUCUUUCGAGCAGCAAGAGAAUGGAGGUUGAAACGGUGAAUAACGUUAUGUGCCAAUUAAAGGACAGGGAAGGGACGGCUCUAGGAGCUCCCUUGUAUCUUCCGCAGAACGCUGGUCCGCAACAGCUUAUGCAAAUCGUCAAUAAGCUUCUUAACAAUGAAGAGAAGUUGCCGUAUUCUUUCUACAUAUCAGAUCAAGAGCUUCUGGUUCCACUUGAAACUUACUUACAGAAGAACAAAGUUUCUGUGGAGAAGGUACUUCCCAUUGUUUAUCAACCACAAGCCGUUUUCCGAAUUCGUCCAGUUAAUCGCUGUUCAGCAACUAUUGCUGGUCAUUCAGAAGCUGUACUUUCAGUUGCUUUUAGUCCUGAUGGUAGGCAGUUGGCAAGUGGUUCUGGAGAUACUACUGUUCGUCUAUGGGACCUUAAUACCCAAACACCACUGUUUACAUGUAAAGGACACAAGAAUUGGGUUCUUUCUAUUGCUUGGUCACCAGACGGUAAACAUCUUGUCAGUGGCAGCAAGUCUGGAGAACUUCAGUGUUGGGAUCCUCAAACGGGAAAUCCCCUGGGCAAUCCACUUGUGGGUCACAAAAAAUGGAUUACUGGCAUCUCUUGGGAACCAGUCCACUUGAAUGCACCAUGCCGCCGGUUUGUUAGUGCUAGCAAAGAUGGUGAUGCACGCAUUUGGGAUGUUUCAUUAAGGAAAUGUGUUAUUUGUCUUACUGGCCACACACUUGCAAUAACAUGUGUGAAAUGGGGUGGAGAUGGAUUAAUUUAUACAGGCUCCCAAGAUUGUACCAUCAAAGUCUGGGAGACCACACAGGGGAAGUUAGUUCGUGAAUUAAAGGGUCACGGGCAUUGGGUUAAUUCUCUUGCUUUGAGCACUGAAUAUGUUCUUCGUACUGGAGCUUUUGAUCAUACUGGCAAAACUUAUUCUUCUGCUGAGGAAAUGAAGAAGGCUGCUCUGGAAAGGUACAACAAAAUGAAAGGCAAUGGCCCUGAGAGAUUAGUUUCAGGUUCUGAUGAUUUUACCAUGUUUCUAUGGGAACCUGCUGUUAGCAAACAUCCCAAAACUCGCAUGACAGGUCAUCAACAGCUUGUAAAUCAUGUUUACUUCUCACCUGAUGGACAAUGGAUCGCUAGUGCUUCAUUUGAUAGAUCAGUCAAAUUGUGGAAUGGUGUUACUGGAAAAUUUGUUUUUGCAUUUCGAGGACAUGUUGGGCCUGUUUAUCAAAUCAGCUGGUCAGCUGAUAGUAGGCUUCUCUUAAGUGGGAGCAAAGAUUCCACGCUGAAGGUUUGGGACAUUCGGACACAGAAGUUGAAACAAGACCUUCCAGGCCAUGCUGAUGAGGUAUAUGCUGUUGACUGGAGUCCCGACGGCGAGAAGGUAGCUUCUGGUGGUAAAGACAGGGUAUUGAAGUUAUGGAUGUGAUAGGCCAAGUGUUGAAGGGUCAAGAAUGCCUUCAGACAGUUGAAAUGUCAAGUCUUGUAAUUAUUUGCAGUUUCCAAUGCAAUCUAUUCGAUGAUAUCUUGACGGUAUAAGUAGUAGGCACAACAGCAUAUGGGAACCUAGAAACUGAAACUAUAAGAAUGAUUCAUAGUAGAAACAAGCCUAUUGUCUCAUGAGCUCUGUGGUUUCCUGACCAUAGCUGAUGGUGUUUGAAAGUUGCAAGUUACAAUAUGGAGAUAUUGCCUUUGGAUGGAAGAAGAUCAAACUGGCUAAUGAUUUCUUCUAUGUUGAUGGAUUGACAAAAAAAUCUUCUUUCUUUUGUAAUGUUAGUAUUAUUUUCUAGAAAAGAGAUCUGUCAAACUUAGAUUGGUAGUGGUGUGUUCACUUGAGAUUAUGAAUUUUUUUUAACUAUUGAAAUGUAAACCUUAAAUAUUUGCAUAUUUAUAUAUAGCGAUCCAGAACAAUUAACCAUA